CCAACUUAGAAUUUCUUGGAUGUUUGCUCUGAGAGCUGGGCGACAGACUGGCCAUCAUGCACCACAGCGGAGAGCGUAUGCGGCCGUUGAUACUGUCAGGGAGGGCAAGCACAUAGCUUCAACAACGACUCCUCCAUGGUCAAGGCGAUUCGACCUGCAAGACGUGGAUGAGGAAGACGUUGUUGGCCCCGCCCGGCGUACGGUUUGCAUCCGCAUGUCCAAAACGCUUGCAGGCGGGAUGGUUGACGCGUUCGCCGUUGUUCGUGGGGUAGAGCGCAAAUUUGGACGGAUACGUGAAUACCGGUUCAUACGGGAUGGAGAAGUGGACUCUGAGUACCAGAUGUUGUGCUGGGCUGCAUUCCAGUCGGAGGACUCAAUGAACCUCAUCCCAGAGAAGGGUAUCGAUAUGAGUGUCCCAGCUGCAACGCAAGAUCCUACCAUCCCUGAAGGGGGCCCCGGACUUCAACACCUUCGAGGUCUACUUGACCCGAAGGAUGUAAAUUCUUCCGGUCCCUCAACAUACUCUGCUGAAGGUCCUUCAACACAGCCGAGAUUGAUUGAACUCAAUGUUCAGCGAGCUGCAAGUGACUUGCGUUUCAAAGGAGACAAUACUCCAUUGAACAUCACUAAGGGUAAAAAGAUUGCAAUUGGACACAGCUUCUAUGAGUGGGGAGGCUUCUAUCCUCUGAAGCCUCUCUAUACAUCAUCCCCCUUUGCUUCUCCAUCCGAAGAACUGCUGCCGACUCCAGACCACGAGCAAAUGCGCAUUGCGUUGAACAAGUGGAGUCAAAUACUCGAGCGACCCGACCCUUCAUUUGCACAGAUGGAGGCCUCAGCAAACGUGGAAACACGAGCAGAUACUCAGGAAGACAUGGCAGCGGAUUCGGACUCGUCUAGUGAUCCAUCAAUCAUGUUGUCUCAGAAGAGUCGAAGGAGAACUAGACACGAGGUGGAUUCCUGGGUACCGCUAUCGACGCUACAGCCAACAAAAUUGGCCCCACCCUCUCCUAAUAUCAUCCCACCCAAGAAGCACGCGAUGUCCAAGCCUUCGACGCCUAAGGUUUCGCGUAAAGAACGUUUACUCGAACAGGCUCGUAACCAAGCUCGCGAACAAGUUCUGCAGCAGGUUGCUCUGCGUGCCAGGGAGGCUGAAUCCGCUGACCUUGAGAAUCUACCUUCAGAGACACUGAGGGAGAGUGUUGAGGCCCUUUUGAAGGAUUCUAAAGUCGGUGCCGAGUCACAAGGCAAUGCGCCGGAUGGUUCUGAGUCUGAAGUCAAACUAAAGGCAGGAGACGAGUCAGUGGGCAAGGACCAACCCUCCUCCGCGAAGGAAAAGGUAUGGAACUUGGUGGGGAGGUGGUUCUGAGAAAUACUGGCAAUAUAGAGCUUUUCUGUACAUAUACGCCAUUCUUACCAUAUUGAUAUUCUUGCAAACUUA